GUGGGCGGACCUGGGCGGGGCUGCGGCUGCUUUGCUUCUGUUGUGCGGACGUCAGUGCUGUGGGUUUCGCCAUGAAUCGUUAUUUCAGUUCCCUCCAGUUGCUCAGGCAGAUCUAUUCUGCUCGGAGGAAGCUUCUGCUGCCAGCGCUGCCCGGGCCACGAGUCAGGAUGGCCAGUUCUGAUUCUUAUAGAAUUGAAUUUGACACAUUUGGUGAACUGAAAGUUCCCAAUGAUAAAUAUUAUGGAGCUCAAACUGUUCGGUCAACUAUGAACUUCAAAAUUGGCGGUGUGACUGAGUGGAUGCCACUGCCAGUCAUAAAAGCAUUUGGAAUCUUAAAAAAGGCAGCAGCAGAAGUAAAUAAGGACUAUGGCCUUGACCCUAAAAUUGCUGAAUAUAUCAUGAAAGCUGCAGAUGAGGUUGCAGCUGGUAAACUUAAUGAUCAUUUUCCACUAUCUGUGUGGCAAACUGGCUCUGGAACACAGACCAACAUGAAUGUGAAUGAAGUAAUAAGUAACCGAGCCAUUGAGAUGAUGGGUGGAACACUUGGAAGCAAAGAUCCUGUGCACCCUAAUGAUCACGUAAACAAAAGCCAGAGUUCCAAUGAUACUUUUCCUACAGCGAUGCAUAUUGCUGCUGCUGUAGAAGUUAAUGAAGUUCUGUUACCUGGACUGAAAAAGCUUCAUGAUGCAUUAGAAAAAAAAUCUAAAGAAUUUGCAAAUAUUAUUAAAAUUGGACGUACCCACACUCAAGAUGCUGUGCCGCUUACUUUGGGACAGGAGUUUAGUGCAUAUGUUCAACAGAUAAAAUAUGGUAUUGCAAGAAUUGAAGCUGCUUUGCCAAGAGUCUACGAAUUGGCAGCCGGUGGCACAGCAGUUGGAACUGGGUUAAAUACUAGAAUAGGGUUUGCUGAAAAAGUUGCUGCCAAAGUAUCUGAACUCACAGGAUUACCAUUUGUCACGGCUCCAAACAAAUUUGAAGCACUUGCUGCUCAUGACGCCCUGGUAGAAUUGAGUGGCGCUUUGAACACUGUUGCUUGUAGCCUAAUGAAGAUUGCCAAUGACAUUCGUUUCCUUGGGUCAGGCCCACGAUCAGGUCUUGGAGAAUUAGUUUUGCCAGAAAAUGAACCUGGAAGCAGCAUUAUGCCUGGCAAAGUGAAUCCUACGCAGUGUGAAGCCGUUACUAUGGUAGCGGCUCAAGUGAUGGGGAACAACGUUGCUAUAACAAUAGGGGGAAGUAAUGGACACUUUGAGUUAAAUGUUUUCAAGCCUUUAAUUAUAAAAAACGUUCUAAACUCAAUCAGGCUGCUCGGAGAUGCUUCAGUUUCGUUUACAGACAAUUGCGUUGUUGGAAUUGAGGCAAAUACUGAAAGAAUCAACAAGUUGAUGAAUGAAUCUUUAAUGCUUGUUACAGCGCUGAAUCCACACAUAGGAUAUGAUAAAGCUGCCAAAAUUGCCAAAACUGCACACAAGGAAGGUGGCACAUUAAAAGAAACUGCCAUAAAGCUUGGAAUUCUUACAUCAGAACAGUUCGAUCAGUGGGUUAAACCAGAAGACAUGCUUGGUCCAAAAUAAAACGAUUCAUGAUUCUACACAUAUUUUUCGCUCAUAGUUUGUAAAAUAAAUGUGAUCUACCACU